AUGGCUUUUGAGCGUCUCGUCAGAUUUGUGCCCAAGGGCGACACCAGUAAGGUCCUGGUCGGAGAACCAGUAGACAGCUCUGUCGAUGUCGGUCUCGCUGUCUACAAGGGAGAGGAGGUCCAGGUCAAGGUUUACAGCGGAAGCUCCGUUCUCGAUGCCGGCUCACCAACGGGCGAGACCGCCGUCAUCGGCCAGAUCCUCUCGCCCGUAACGGCCAACGAGGCCGGCACAAUCCGCUGCAUCGGGUUGAACUACAAGCGCCACGCCGAGGAGGCCAAGAUGAGCAUCCCCGAUAUCCCGACCCUCUUCCUGAAGCCCCCUACCUGCCUUGCCGGCCCCUACCCAGAACCCACCAUCAUCCCCAAGCACACCAUCGCCUCCGACUCGGCCGACUACGAGUCCGAGCUCGCCAUCAUCCUCGGCAAGGAGGCCAAGAACGUCUCCGAGGCCGACGCUCUCGACUACGUUCUCGGAUACACAGCCUGCAACGACAUCUCCUCCCGUGCCUCGCAGUUUGCCCAGACGCAGUGGUGCUACUCCAAGGGUUUCGACGGCGCCUGCCCUAUCGGCCCCGUGUUGGUCUCCAAGGAUGUUAUCAAGGAUGUCGGCAAGCUCAGACUCAGAGGGUUGAAGAACGGAAAGGCAGUUCAGGACAGCCCGCUCACUGAUCUCAUCUUCUCCGUCGAGCAGAUCGUCAGCUUUGUGUCACAAGGCACGACUCUGCCCAAGGGCACAGUCAUCAUCACUGGCACCCCCGCUGGUGUCGGCUUUGCUCACAAGCCUCAGGAGCUUCUCCAUGACGGUGACGAGUUUAUUGUUGAGAUUCAGCCACAUAUCGGCAGCUUGGUGAACAAGCUGCAGAACGAGAAAUAG